GCCGAGGGUCGGGAGAGAGAGGCGGGGACACGGAGAGAGACGCGGAGGGAGACGAGGAGAGACGCGGGGACACGGAGAGAGACGCGGAGGGAGACGAGGAGAGACGCGGGGACACGGAGAGAGACGCGGAGGGAGACGAGGAGAGACGCGGGGACACGGAGGGAGACGCGGAGGGUCGGGAGGGAGACGCGGGGCUGAGCCAUGAAGUUCGCCGAGCAUCUGUCCGCGCACAUCACACCCGAGUGGCGCAAACAGUACAUCCAGUACGAGGCGCUCAAGCAGACGCUCUACGCCGCCCACGACCAGGCGCCGGCGCCAGAAGCCACAGAUGAAGCGACGAUCCGUAGGUACUUCGCGAAAGUGGAGGAAAAGUUUUUCCAGACAUGCGAGAAGGAGCUGUCCAAGAUCAACACCUUCUACUCUGAGAAGCUGGCCGAGGCUCAGCGCGGCUUCUCCACACUGCAGGGGGAGCUGCAGUCUUCUCUGGAGGCCCAAAGGGAGGGGCCCCUGGCCCCCACACCACCCCCGCUGCUCCGCCGCCGCAAGAACGUGUUUGUGUCGCACGAAGAGCGCGUGCAGCACCGCAACUUGCGCGACCUCAAGCUGGCCUUCAGCGAGUUCUACCUGAGCCUCAUCCUGCUGCAGAAUUACCAGAACCUGAACUUCACCGGGUUUCGCAAGAUCCUGAAGAAACACGACAAGAUCCUGGAGACGAAGCGAGGGGUGAGCUGGCGCGUCGCGCACGUGGAGACGGCACCAUUCUUCAUCAGCAAGAAGAUCGACCAACUCAUCCUGGAGACCGAGAACGUCUUCACCAAUGAGCUGGAAGCUGGAGACCGGCAGAAGGCGAUGAAGCGUUUGCGAGUUCCCCCGCUCGGAGCCGCCCAGCCCUCCCCAGUGUGGACCACGUUUAGAGUGGGCCUGUUCUGUGGCGUCUUUCUCGUGCUUGUGGUCACCGUGUCGCUGGCAGCGGCCUACGUGCUGGGCUCGGUCCAAGACGUGUGGCCCAUGGUGCGCAUCUACCGCGGCGGCUUCCUGCUCAUCCAGUUCCUCUUCCUGCUCGGCAUCAACACGUACGGCUGGCGGCAGGCCGGCGUCAACCACGUGCUCAUCUUCGAGCUGGACCCUCGCAACAACCUCUCCCACCAGCAUCUGUUUGAGGUAGCCGGGUUCCUGGGAGUGCUGUGGUGCCUCUCCCUGCUGGCGUGCGUGUUUGGGUCGUACCUCCCUGUGCCCGUGCAGGCCUACCCCUUGGCGCUGUAUAUCUUCAUCCUUCUCUUUCUGCUUAAUCCCACCAAGACCUGCUACUACAAGUCACGCGUCUGGCUCCUCCGGCUGCUGUUGCGCGUGUUCACAGCCCCAUUCCACAAGGUUGGCUUCGCUGAUUUCUGGUUGGCCGACCAGCUCAAUAGCCUCGUGGGCAUCCUCAUGGACCUGGAGUACAUGCUGUGCUUCUACGCCUACGAGCUCGACUGGACCAACCUCAGAGGCCUCUGGUACCCAAAAGAAGGGGACCGCGUGUGCAACUCGUAUGCAUACGGCGUGCGCGCCGUGAUCCAAUGCCUGCCGGCGUGGAUCCGAUUUGCGCAGUGCCUGCGCCGCUACCGCGACAGCAAACGAGCAUUCCCACACCUCGUUAAUGCCGGCAAAUAUUCCACUACCUUCUUCGUGGUCAUCUUUGCAGCACUCUACAACCUCGGCAAACUGGGCGGGGAGAGCUCCUCGGCGUUCGAGGUGCGCGUCUACUUCUACUUGUGGGUGGUGGCGUCGCUCGUGAGCACCUGUUACACGCUCACCUGGGACCUGAAGAUGGACUGGGGCUUGUUUGACCGCAACGCCGGAGAGAACUCGUUCCUGCGCGAGGAGAUCGUCUACCCACAGAAGGCCUACUACUACCUGGCCAUCGUGCAGGACGUGCUGCUGCGCUUCUCCUGGGUGCUCUACAUCUUCAUCCCGGAUAUGGGCUUCUCCUACAUGGGCGACCUGCUCUCGACACUCAUGGCCCCCAUGGAAGUUUUCAGGCGCUUCGUGUGGAACUUCUUCCGGCUGGAGAACGAGCACCUGAAUAACUGUGGAGAGUUCCGUGCCGUCCGGGACAUCUCGGUGGCACCGCUCAAUGCCGACGACCAGACACUGCUGGAAGCCAUGAUGGACUCCGAGGAUGGGGUCCGCAACCGGCGCGGCAAGCGCAGCAACUGGCAAACGCAACUACAGCUUCUCACUGCGACGCAACCGGGUGAAGAACAAGGACACGAAGGUUCUCAUCGACGACACGGACGACGAGACGCUCAACACGUAAGCGCCGUCGCCCCAGGCGGCACUGGCAGCCCCCGAGUAUGGCUCCCCACUGACUUUGUUUUGAGUUUUUUUUGCAUUUCAUGAGCGACUGUGGACAUUUUUUAUUUCGCAAAAACUUUUUGAGAAUAAUUAAUAUCACCCACGAAGAGUUCAUCUCAGCAGGCAAGAGGUCCCCGGGGAGGGCCGUGCUGCCAGGUGCCAGCUCCAGUGCAGAAGCUGCCACUGUCGACCACCCUCCCGCUGCUCGCACUCAUCACUCUCCCUUCUCUACACUCACGUUCCUUCCAACUCGCCAUCGCUUUCGCACAUUAAUGGGCAGCGCAAUUCUUCUCCCCCCACCUCGCUCAUGAGCCCCCCCCCCGCCACCCUCGGGAGUUGUCGGCAGAAGCCUGCACUCGCGCACGGGAACGCGCCUCCUCUCACUGAGCAUUGAACUCAACUUUACUCACGUUUUGUCCAAAUUCUAUCCCUGUAUGCGAAUUUACGCGACUGCGCUUUCUCUCGGAGUGCCGUAGCUUUUUGAAAUUUUUAUAUAAAAAAAUUGCCGCACGUGAGCAGUUAUAACCAGAUCCUGUGACAGUAAGUCGUGACUGGAAUCUCAAAUCUCGAGCUUGCAGCUUACGGACGUUUGUCUCGGUUUCCUUGGUUAUACCUAGACGCCCCGUCGAUGGCAAAGCUGAGCUGACCCCCCGUCUCACUCUGCCAAUGACACACUCAGGGCUCAAAGGUGCUUGCGAGCUUUCCAGUGACGCGUGGGGCCCGAGCCCUCUCGACGGGGGGAAUCGUGGGCUCUGCUGUUGGUGGCAGCGCGCAGAGACGCGGGGUGCCACAGAGGCAAGUCCGCCCCUUGGUGGUCACGGGGUGGAAAUGUAAUGAGGGCUCCUGUGAAGGGUCGCCACCUGUCCGGGUUUGAGCCGAACAGUCGGCAUUUGGCAUCUGCGUGCAGGUGGCAGGAACUGAUUUAGUACCGGCAUCGCGUUGAACUUUAUAACAGUUUACUGCAGUUUUGAUAAACCUAUGCGGACUGAGAAAUAUGUCCGGGUUUGGUCUCUGGAAAAGGUGGCGACUACUCCUGGGCCUCCAAGGCAUUGGAGCUCAGGUCACACGUGACCUUUUCACUUCAUCCGUAUAUUUUUUAUGCAUCGUUUGUCUGUGGGGUUUUGGAGCAGGCUGUGACCAGUUUUUGGCAAAUUGGCCAGAGACUUUAAUCACAGGGGCAGUUGUGCUCCACAAAUGGUGCAAGAAUCUUUUUGCCAUUUAGUGAAUGUGAGGUUGUGUGUCGCUCUGUAUGUUACACGAUUAGAGGUGGCCCCACACCAGGACCAUGGUCGCCAGGUUCGUGGAGACCCCUCAAUUCUCACCCUAGCGACCUGUAUUUCCUCCUCACAGCAGUAUAUUGAACUUCUUUCGCACCGUACAAACUGCUAAUCGUUAGAGUAGCACGGUCUUGCAUCCAUGCAAACCCCAAGCACUAAGCAAUGCAUCUGUGCUCUUAUAGAAUUCAGUAUAGUGCCGUCGACCUCUUUUAAACGUAGGUUCAAGUCUGGAUGUAGCUAUGGAUGUACUACUAGAUUUCAUAUCGAGGUGUCAACUGCUGUCCCCGUAUCCACUGGUGGUGCUGUUUGACCCAAUGUCUCCAGGUCCCCCUGAAUUCCCAUAAUCUCUGGGUGGCCAUGGACAGUGGAGGCUUUGAGCUUAUUGGGCUUGGGGCCCCAAUUGAACCCCCAUCAGUGGGUUUGAGGCAGUUUUAUUGCAGAAGAAGCUUUUGUAGCACUUGUUAAACAACAAUCGUUCGGUGUUGCUUUUAAUGCCAUAACUAGCAUUUACUCCUUCCUGGGAUGUUUUCAAACGUAACCAAAAUCUUCUUAUGUCGGUCAGGUUUGAUUUCAGGGCAGAGAGAAUCUUACAAUUGCACGCUGCAUUCGUGCCCUUAGCCAGCCUUAAUGAACACAGGCGAUUGCAGAGACGUCGCACAGCGUGCAGGAGGAAGAUCAGUGUUUGCCCCCCCCCCCCCCCCAAGCCCAAGUGGCUGUAGCUGGAAGGCGGAGCUGGUGGUGUUGGUGUCUGUGCUGUUGUAAACUUGCUUGUGUAGGUAGGUGGUUUCUCUGGGCUCUCCUAGUGGAUUGCGAUUGGCUGUGCAGUUAAUGUCCCGUGCGCUGUCCUGUGCUAGUUGUCUGUGAUUUUCAAAACGGAUUCUUGGAAGAGACGCAAUGGCGGUCCUUCCCUUCCAAGCCCAACCCCUGCAUGCUGCGUCAUUGCGCUGUCCUUCUCAUGGGCAGGGUACUUGUGGAUGGUGUCGUGUUUGUUGUGUGAAGUUGGAGGUAAAACAAAACAGAGGCAGUUUUUGCCUUCAAUCAAACUUUAUUUACUGUUGUAUGUCUUAAUUUAUUUACAAAAUGGUUUAAUAAUGCAAAUUAGUAGUUGUGAAAAUAAAUUAGUGUAUAAAAUUC